AUGGCUAACAGCAAAGAUAAUAUUACUAAUCCCAAUGAACACUUGGAGAUACCCAAGUGGAUAAAUGAGGAAUACUUUGAGCAGGUUCUAAAUAAAGACGAGCCCCAAUAUGAGAAGAUACUGAGCUUCAAGCCGGUAGCUGCGAUUCCGCCGGGCGAGAAUUUCACUUCGAUUAUGCUGAGAAUUCACUUUGAUCUUCAAAUGAGGGAUGGCAAUACCAAACACAAGACUUACAUAUUCAAAACCAUGCUGGCGGAGGAUCGUGGUGGCAAGGAGAUCCGUGAGGGUGGCAUUUUCGACAAGGAGCUAAUGAUGUACCAGACCUACCUGCCCGCCUUCGAGGAGCUCUACCGUGCCGCUGGAGAGCAGAUUCAGCUGGCGCCCAAGUGUCUACAUACAGAUCAGAGGGAGAAUGGCAUUCACUUUGUAUUCGAGGACCUAGGAGUGAAAAAGUUUAGAAAUGUAGAUCGCAUUCAGGGUCUGGACCUUGCCCACAUGAAGCGAUCUUUACGAAAACUGGCUGAAUUCCAUGCGGCAGCCUCUGUAUAUGCGGGGAAAAAUGGAUCUUAUCCCGAUGAUUUUGAGGAAGGAUUCAUUGCCAAGGACAAACUGGAGCUGCACGAGCAAGGCUUCAAUGUAAAGGCCAGGUCUUAUCACAAGGCCAUGGAUGGAUGGGGCUUAGAAGAUCAGGAAAAGUACCUGAAGAGUUUUCCCACCGCCCAGCAGUAUGUGAAGAUGUGCGAAAGCAAUUUCAGUGCGGAUCCCCAGGCCUUCAACACGCUCACCCAUGGCGACUUUUGGUCCAGUAAUCUCAUGUGCAACUAUCUGACCAAUGGCGAAAUCAAUGAGAUGAUCAUGGUGGACUUUCAGCUGUGCAAAUGGGGCAGUCCUGCCCAGGACCUUUUGUUUUUCAUCACUCUCUCGGCGGCCAGGGAUAUCAAGCUCAAGGAAUUCGACAACUUCGUGAGGAUCUAUUGGGAGCGACUGGUGGAGUGCCUGAAGCUAUUAAAGUACCAGAAGCCUCUGCCCAAAUUGCGCGAUCUUCAGACUUCGUUGUAUCAGGAAAACAAUACUAUAUACGCCUUUAUUGCCAUCUUUAAUCAUUUGCCUGUCAUCCAAUUUCCCUCGGACAAGGAGUCCAACUUGCAUUCCCUUAUCAGGGACGAUGAGGAAGGUGACAAGUUUCGCCUGCGCCUGUUCACAAAUCCUUCGUUUUGCAGUCUCAUGAGGGAGAUAUAUCCCUUUUUCUACAAUCGCGGCAUCUUUAACUUCAGCGACUACCAAUAAUUUAUAGAUCUCAAAUAUACUGAAAUAUAACUAUAUUCUGGAAGGUCUAAAGACUUGUUUUAGUAAAC